AUGGCAACCAACGACGACGCAUGUACAUCUUGUACACCGAAGCGUCGGAAGGUGUACCUGGAUGCUGACUCUCCUUUGUCAGUACCAGUGUCAACGUUACGUCGCAGGCUUGCCCGCGAGGAAAGCGAUGUGCUUGAAGCUGCAGCGAGCAGCGAGCAGCGAUGCUGCAGCAUAAAUGUACCCUUAGUUUCACCGAACACGACGACGAGGACGAUAUGGAGCCUGUGGGAGGAUUGCCCGAAGAUAUUUCCCAAGAAGAAAUUCACAACAUGCCUUGACGAGUUUGGCACAGAGAGGCUGCCACAUUCAACAACUACGAAAGCGGGAGCUGUUGCGAUGCUCAUGUCUAUCGUUGUAUCCAACGGCCUUACGUGGAAAGCGUUAGGCGAUCUCAUUGGAUUCGUUAACAUGCUGUUCGAACCGGAACCAAACGUCCUGCCACGAAGCAAAUAUCUAUUUCGGAAGCUGUGGUCGCGAAAAACCAAGGAACAUGCUAAGUUCUACGAGCUGUGCGCGACGUGUGACUCCAUCCUGGGCGAAAACAACCAACCAGGCAAGAACUGUGAAGUUUGUGGAGAAGAAAGAAAAGCCAAUGGUGACAGCCCAUCACUUGUGAUGUUUAGUAUGCAGAAACAGCUGAGAUAUGUUGUGGAAAAGAACAAGGACGAACUGCACACAAACAUCACCAGAAAUAUGACAUCCGGUUCAAACCCCGCCAUCAAAAGUGACAUGACGUCUUCCGCAGGAUACCUAGCUUUGAAGGACUCAGUUGGGCUAUGUCAUGGCGAUUUGACUUUGACAAUAAACACCGAUGGGUCGCCACUUUUUGAAUCGUCCAACACCUCCGUGUGGCCGAUUCAGUUUGUUCUAAAUGAGCUACCACCUCGCACUCGCUUCAAAAACUGCACUCUUGCUGGGCUCUGGAUCGCGAAAAGACAUCCAGAUAUGUCUGUCUUCCUGGCAAAGUUUGUAGAGGAAGUCAACCAAAUGGGUCCACUUCUUUGGGAGCAGGAUGGGCACCACUACACAUCACGGAUGGUCGUGGUUUGCUGCGCAGUUGGCGCACCAGCACGGGCAGCUGUACUCAACAUGAAACAGCAUAAUGGAUACAGUUCCUGUACCUGGUGCCUCAUAACGUGUGAAUAUGUUGACAAUUGUGUGCGCUACAUAAGCAGUCACCCCGUGGAAGAUAGGACGUCUGCAUUGGUAGUUCGAGAUUCUCAGCUUGCUCCCGAAUUGGACACUGACAUCAAUGGUGUCAAAGGACCGACACCGUUAAUGAACUUGCAAGGAUUUGACCUCGUGCGCGGAUGCAGUGUUGAAUACAUGCAUUCAGUGUUACUCGGUGUGACACGACAGCUCAAUGACUACUACUUCGGCUCAUCGCACUCUUCGGAAUGCUAUUAUAUAGGCUCCCGCACCCACCUGACAAAGGUCAACCGUUUGCUCCUCUCCAUAAAGCCGCCACACUGCAUUACAAGGCUCCCGAGAAGUGUCACUGAUCGUGCUCACUGGAAAGCCUCCGAAUUGAGAAACUGGCUGCUGUUUUAUAGCAUUCCAUGUACAGCAGAUGUACUACCAAGAGAACACUGGAGGCACUUGGCCAAGCUCUCUGAGGCGGUCCACAUCCUUUUACGAGAGAAGAUAUCAGAGCGGGACCUUGCUCGUGCAGAUGAGCUACUGAAGGACUUCGUUGGUCGCUGUAUCGCCUUGUAUGGAGAGGCAUUUAUGACCUUUAACGUGCAUGCCCUCCUUCAUCUUGCUGCGUCAGCGAAAUUUCUUGGGCCCCUCUGGGCUCAUUCGGCAUUUGUAUUUGAAGGGGGAAACGGCCGUUAG